UCUUGCUUCACCUCGUCAUCUGCUCAGGCAGCCCCCGAUGGCGGACUACGAUUUUCGGCCAGGAGGCUCACUCAAGUUCAAGGGCGGCGUUGCUGAAGGAGGUAUCGUGAAGAAAAAGAAGAAAUCUAAACACAAAUCAAACUCGCAAUCUGAUAGUGCGAAGGACCGCGAGCGUGAACGAGUGAAGGAAUUAUUAUUCAAAGAAGAGGCAGAACUUGCUAGUGGUUCGGCGUCGGGGAGUAACUCUCCUGCUCUACCGGGGAGCGAUGUCAGGAAAACGGACGCGGAACGACGUUUUGAGGAAGCGCAAAGGCGCAGGCUCGAAAAUAAAGUAGCUCAAUUGGCUCGCAAGACGCACAAAGAUCGCGUCAACGAGCUUAAUGCUAAACUUGAGUCGCUCAGUGAGCACCACGACAUUCCCAAGGUUGGCCCAGGAUAAUAUUUGCAAAAAAAUCGCGUUCAGCACUGCGUUCGGCUCAAAGCCCGGUUUUGUGCGGGCCUGCGGUGCAGAUUUUCAGUGGCGACGACUAUAUUCAUAUCAUCAUCAUGUCUUUGUAGACUGCUUGAAAUUCAUGUAUUUACACGCGAAGUGCCUGGGGUUCCACUAUUGCCACAUAUUUGUUAA